CAUGGCCCAUUAUUCACAAAAUUUCGGAGUCCCUCCAAAGUUUCUAAGCAAUCCAGAAGACUUGAAACAAUCAGUAUUGGAGAAGAGUUUAUUAAAAAUUACACCGGUAGCUCAAAUCCAAAAGCGUCUCAAAGGACGCAAAGGUAUUGUGCAAAAAAAAAAAUUAGACAAGCAGUCGGCAACUGAGGAUGAUGAAGAUCCCGAGGACACAGAUGACGAAGAAGAUGAUGAAGACAGCGACGAUGAGAACGAAUAUUCCAGAAUAUUCUUUGAAGAAGAUAAAAGUUUACCAAAUAAUUUUCGCGAGAUUAUCAGUCAGCAGUCGUCCAUGAGACUCGAUUCGAUUCUUAGUUCUGGUUUAAAUACACCUAGAAGCAAAGUCGACGAUUAUUUUUUAGGCAGUCAACUAAGAUUAAAUGGAGACCGGGUCUUAAAGAAAUCUGCUCAAAUGUCUGAAGGUGAUUACGUAGAUAUUAUAUCUGAUGUGAAGGAUAAAGAAAUGAGAGUGAAACGAGUAAGAGUAGUUAAGAUCUUACACGAGAAAACCGCAAGUGGAAAGAGAAAAGUUGUACUAAGAUGCUGGAGACAAAAUGUUACAAUUUCUCGAUUUUAA